CCUACAUGGAUUGUUUUAUCUUGGAAAAUUGGCACAGAUGAAAAUAACGUAGCAACUCUUAAUUUAUUUAUUGAUGCGGCAAAAAAAGGAGACACUAUUGCACAAUAUUUUGUUGGAAGGUGUUAUGCAGAGGGUUGGAACAACAAUUUGAAUCAGAAAGAGGCAAUUGAAUGGUACGCGGAACGUAUGCUUGGAGAGUAUUAUUAUAAACUUAGAAGAUGUAAUAAUGCAUUUUAUUAUCUCAAGAAAGCAGUUGAAAAUGGAAAUAUCAAAGCGUUGAAUACCUUAGGAUUAUGUUACCAAAAAGGUCAAGAAACAGUUACUAGUAAAAUUGAAGGAUUUAAAUUAUUUGAAAAGGCGCAAGACAGGGAUUACCUGCCUCACAAUAUGAGGUUGGAAAUUGUUAUGAAUACGGUAUAG